UAGAAAAGAAAGUUUAUUCUUUACUCUUAAACUCAUUUGAGUUGUUAGACCGUUUGUUUAUUUUCAAUUUCUUGAGCCUAAUUUUUUUCUAGUUUUAGUUUAUUUCUAGGCUCUUCUUUUUUUAUAAUUAUUAAUCAUCAUGUCACAAUCACUUCCAAUUAAGUUCCAGGAGCAUCUUCAGCUCACGGCAAUUGGAAUCAAUGCGGCAAAUAUCACCUUCAAUACUCUUACCAUGGAGUCGGACAAAUUUAUCUGUGUCCGAGAAAAGGUCGGUGAUUCAGCUCAGGUUGUCAUUAUCGAUAUGUCCAAUCCAACGACUCCCAUUCGGCGGCCCAUUUCUGCUGAUUCAGCCAUCAUGAAUCCAGCCUCAAAAGUGAUUGCACUUAAAGCAAUGAGAACUUUACAAAUAUUUAACAUUGAAAUGAAAUCAAAAAUGAAAGCUCAUACCAUGGCAGAUGAUGUUGUUUUCUGGAAAUGGAUUAAUGUAAAUACAAUUGCUCUUGUCACCGAGACUGCUGUUUACCAUUGGAGUAUGGAGGGUGACUCACAGCCAGUCAAGAUGUUUGAUCGUCAUGCAUCUCUCACUGGCUGUCAGAUUAUUAAUUAUCGAACUGAUCAUAGAGUCCAAUGGCUACUUUUGAUUGGUAUUUCCGCCGCACAAGGUCGGGUUGUUGGAGCUAUGCAACUUUACUCCACUGAACGUAAAGUUAGUCAACCCAUUGAGGGUCAUGCUGCAGCUUUUUCUACUUUCAAAAUGGAUGGAAACUCUGAAGUCUCUACUCUUUUCUGCUUUGCAGCCAGAACAUCAACAGGUGGAAAGCUUCAUAUUAUUGAAGUCGGUCAACCACCAGCUGGUAAUCAGCCAUAUCCGAAGAAGGCAGUUGACGUUUUCUUCCCUACAGAGGCACAAAAUGAUUUUCCAGUAGCUAUGCAGGUUUCAACUAAAUAUGACAUUAUCUAUUUAAUAACCAAGUAUGGCUACAUUCAUCUUUAUGAUAUUGAGACCGGUACCUGUAUAUAUAUGAAUCGAAUUAGUGGUGACACAAUAUUUGUCACUGCACCUUAUGAGCCUACUAGCGGCAUUAUCGGUGUGAACCGAAAAGGUCAAGUUCUCUCGGUUUGUGUUGAUGAAGAUGCUAUCAUUCCAUAUAUUACCACCACGUUAGCUAAUCCAGAUCUUGCCCUGAGAAUAGCCGCUCGUAACAAUCUUCCCGGUGCUGAGGAACUUUUUGUUCGUAAAUUUAAUACACUCUUCUCGAGCGGUCAAUACACUGAGGCUGCCAAAGCUGCUGCUAAUGCACCUAAAGGUAUCCUCAGAACUCCCGAUACAAUUCGUCGAUUUCAACAAGUGCCUACCCAACCCGGUCAAACUUCACCUUUGUUGCAAUAUUUCGGUAUACUUUUAGAUCACUUUCAGCUCAAUAAAUAUGAAUCCCUCGAGUUGUGUCGACCUGUUCUCCAGCAAGGUCGUAAACAGCUUUUAGAGAAAUGGCUAAAAGAUGAUAAGCUUGAAUGUAGUGAAGAGCUUGGUGAUUUAGUUAAAGCUGUCGACCCAACUUUGGCUCUUUCUGUUUACUUGCGGGCUAAUGUUCCCAAUAAAGUUAUUCAAUGUUUUGCUGAAACUGGGCAGUUCCAGAAAAUUGUAUUGUAUGCAAAAAAAGUUGGAUACACCCCCGAUUACUCUAACUUGUUGAGACAAGUGAUGAGAACCAAUCCUGACCAAGGAGCAGCUUUUGCUCAAAUGUUAGUGCAAGACGAGGAACCACUUGCUAAUAUCAAUCAAAUUGUCGAUGUUUUCAUGGAAUCCAAUUUGGUUCAACCUUGCACAGUUUUCCUUCUAGAAGCUCUAAAAAACAAUCGACCUGAAGAAGGUCCUCUCCAAACACGUCUGUUGGAAAUGAACUUGGUUACUGCUCCUCAAGUUGCAGAUGCAAUCCUAGGUAAUGGUGUUUUCACUCACUAUGAUAGACCUCAUAUCGCUUCACUUUGUGAAAAGGCUGGACUUUUGCAAAGAGCACUUGAGCAUUACUCGGACCUCUACGAUAUUAAAAGAGCAAUUGUGCAUACUCAUCUUCUUAACACUGAAUGGUUAGUCAAUUAUUUUGGAACUCUUUCAGUGGAAGAUUCUUUGGAGUGCAUAAAGGCUAUGCUACAACAUAACAUCCGACAAAACCUUCAAAUUGCUGUGCAAGUGGCUACUAAAUAUCACGAACAGCUUGGUACAACCGCUCUUAUUGAACUCUUCGAAUCAUUUAAAAGUUAUGAAGGUUUAUUCUACUUCCUGGGAUCAAUCGUAAAUUUCAGUCAAGAUCCAGAUGUCCAUUUCAAAUACAUCCAGGCUGCAUGUAAAACUGGCCAAAUUAAAGAAGUCGAGAGGAUCUGUCGACAGAGUAAUUGCUACAACGCUGAGCGUGUUAAAAAUUUCUUAAAAGAAGCAAAACUUACUGAUCAACUGCCAUUGAUUAUAGUAUGUGACCGAUUUGACUUUGUUCACGAUUUAGUUCUAUAUCUUUAUCGCAAUAAUCUUCAAAAAUACAUUGAAAUUUAUGUGCAAAAAGUUAACCCAUCAAGAUUACCCGUUGUAAUUGGAGGUUUAUUGGAUGUCGAUUGUUCUGAAGAUGUCAUCAAAUCAUUGAUGUUAGUCGUUAAAGGUCAAUUCUCAACUGAUGAAUUAGUUGAAGAAGUUGAAAAAAGAAAUCGUUUAAAGCUAUUGCUUCCUUGGCUUGAAAAUCGGGUUCAUGAAGGCUGCACUGAACCAGCUACUCAUAAUGCUUUAGCCAAGAUCUACAUCGAUUCUAACAAUAAUCCCGAAAGAUUCCUCAAAGAAAACAAAUUCUAUGAUAGUAAAGUCGUUGGUAAAUAUUGUGAAAAGCGUAACCCUCACUUAGCGUGUGUCGCAUAUGAAAGAGGCCAAUGUGACUUGGAGUUGAUUAAUGUUUGCAAUGAAAAUUCAUUGUUCAAAAGUGAAGCCCGAUAUCUUGUUAAGAGAAGAGAUUCAGACUUAUGGGCACAAGUUUUAGUUGAAACCAAUCCAUUCCGCAGACCUCUAAUUGAUCAGGUUGUCCAAACUGCCCUUUCAGAGACACAAGACCCUGAAGACAUUUCUGUAGCAGUGAAAGCCUUCAUGACUGCUGAUUUACCCAAUGAGUUGAUUGAACUUCUUGAAAAAAUCGUUUUAGAUAACUCGGCAUUCUCUGACCACCGAAACUUACAAAACUUGUUGAUUUUAACCGCAAUCAAAGCGGACAGAACUCGAGUAAUGGAGUAUAUAAAUCGUUUAGAUAAUUAUGAUGCACCUAGUAUCGCCAAUAUAGCAAUAAGCUCUGAACUUUAUGAAGAAGCUUUUGCUAUUUUCAAAAAGUUUGAUGUCAAUACAUCAGCUAUCUCUGUUCUCAUUGAUAACAUCAAAAAUCUGGAUAGAGCCUAUGAGUUUGCUGAACGAUGCAAUGAUCCUGCUGUCUGGAGUCAACUUGCCACUGCACAGUUGGGUGAAGGACUUGUUAAAGAAGCAAUCGACUCAUUCAUUAAAGCCGGCGAUCCCUCAUCUUACAUGGAUGUUGUUUCAACUGCCCAUAAACUUGGAAACUGGGAAGACCUAGUUCGUUACCUUCAAAUGGCUCGAAAACGAGCUCGAGAUUCAAGCAUUGAGUCUGAAUUGCUUUACGCUUUUGCUAAAACGGGUCGACUUGCAGAUCUUGAAGAGUUUAUAUCUGCUCCCAACCAUGCCGAUAUCUCUCGAGUGGGUGAUCGAUGUUAUGAAGAUGGCCUUUAUGAUGCCGCUAAGCUGUUGUACAACAAUGUCUCCAACUUUGGUCGUCUAGCAAUCACGCUUGUUCAUCUUAAAGAAUUUCAAGGAGCUGUGGACUCUGCACGUAAAGCAAAUUCAACACGCACAUGGAAGGAGGUUUGUUUUGCUUGCGUUGACCACGAAGAAUUUAGAUUAGCACAAAUGUGCGGUUUACAUAUUGUUGUCCAUGCUGAUGAAUUGGAAGAUUUAAUCAAUUACUAUCAAAGUCGAGGUUACUUCGAAGAACUUAUCAGUUUACUCGAAGCUGCUUUAGGUCUUGAAAGAGCUCACAUGGGAAUGUUUACAGAACUAGCUAUACUUUAUUCCAAAUAUAAACCAUCCAAAAUGAAAGAUCAUUUAGAACUUUUCUGGUCCCGAGUGAAUAUUCCAAAAGUUUUAAAAGCCGCUGAACAGGCACAUCUUUGGUCCGAAUUAGUAUUCCUUUAUGACAAAUAUGAAGAGUUCGAUAAUGCAGUAAUAACAAUGAUGGCACAUCCAACUGAAGCAUGGAAAGAAGGACACUUCAAAGAAAUGAUAACAAAAGUAGCCAACAUUGAGCUUUAUUAUAAAGCCAUUCAAUUUUAUUUAGAUUACAAACCAUUGUUAUUAAACGAUUUACUUCUCAUUCUGGCUCCACGUAUGGAUCAUACUCGAGCAGUUAACUUUUUCGGCAAAGUUAAUCAACUGCCAUUGGUGAAAUCAUAUUUAAGAUCCGUGCAAAGUUUAAAUAACAAAGCCAUUAAUGAAGCAUUAAAUGGUCUAUUGAUUGACGAAGAAGAUUACCAAGGAUUAAGAACAUCUAUUGAUGCUUUUGACAAUUUCGAUAACAUUGCAUUAGCUCAAAGAUUAGAGAAACACGAUUUAAUUGAAUUCCGACGCAUAGCUGCCUAUCUCUACAAAGGUAACAACAGGUGGAAGCAAUCUGUUGAAUUAUGUAAAAAAGAUGGACUUUAUAAAGAUUCUAUGGAGUAUGCCGCUGAAUCAAAAGACGCUGAAGUUGCCGAAGAUCUUUUAUUGUGGUUCUUAGAGCGUAAAAAUUACACAUGUUUUGGCGCUUGUCUCUUCCAAUGUUACGAUCUCCUUCAUCCUGAUGUUGUUAUGGAAUUAGCAUGGAGACAUGAUAUAAUGAAAUAUGCUAUGCCGUACUUUAUCAAUGUCAUGCGAGAAUACAUCACCAAAGUUGAUGAACUUCAAGAAACAGUGAAUACCAAGCUAGAAGAAACUGCUCAAGAGCAAAGCUCACUUGUUUAUGCGGCUGAACCUCAAUUAAUGCUAACUGCUCCACCCGGGAUGGCUGGAUCAUCACCUAAUUUAACUGGAAUGCCUGGAGUAUCAGUAGUGUCUGGAGUUCCCGGUGUUCCUGGAGUACCUGGAGUUACACCUGGAAUGUAUGCAGGUGGAACGAUUGGAGGAACGUUCGGAGGAACUUAUCCUUAUCAAGGAUUCUGAAUAUAAAUAAAAUUAUUUUAGAUUUACAAAAAAAUGAUGAAUCAAAAUGUGAAUGCAAAAAAAUUCCACCCACCUUUACCCCUUAUAUCUAUUAAGUUUUGGAUUUGUCAUAGAUAAUUGUAUUUGAUAUACUUUUAAGAUUAUAGCCAUAUAUUGGUGCGAAAAUACAAAUGGACAAGCUUUUAUUUAUCACAA